CUGAGAUCACUUUUGCGUCCAACUCUUGCUGCAGCAGACAAGAGACCUCGCAGGAAAAAGGGUGGCUGGAAAGGCGUAUGGAAAAUAGCACGAUGCGAUUCUUGCUCACGCACCCCACUGCAAGGCAGUGUUUAUAUUGAAACAUAUAAUUUACCAAAUGUAGUAUAUGCGGAUUCUUCAUAUUGUGUUGUUGUUGGGACAUUCAAAAAUGUUAUGUUGACGAAAGAGGGGAGUUGUCCAGAUCUGUUUGGCACUUUUAACCAGUUCAACGUCGCCUUGAUCGCUGUGCAACCUCAAGUGCAUUUUGAGACCCUGGAAAUCUCUGAAAACGCAUGUAGCCCUCCCUGCUUCACGCAUUUGACGGUCUUUGCCGAAUAGAUUUGUAGGCUAGGAUACUUUGUGGUGUCGCGAGGCGAGGUGUAUAGGUUUCCGUCAUCUAUUCCUAAAGAAUCAUGUCAUCUCAUACGAGAGUCAAGAAGGACAAGGAGAUUAUUGGAGAUUACGAGACUCAAGUGAAAGAGAUCCGUAACCAGUUGGUGGAGCAGUUCCGGUGUCUUGAGCAGCAGUCGGAGUCCCGGCUACAGCUUCUGCAGGACCUACAGGAAUUCUUCCGUCGCAAGGCCGAGCUGCAGUUGGAGUACUCCCGAGGCCUGGACAAACUGGCCGAGCGCUUCUCCGGCAAGAUACGCUCCUCCAGGGAACAUCAGCACUUUAAGAAGGACCAGAACCUGCUGUCGACAGUGAACUGUUGGUACUUGGUCCUGAACCAGACAAGGAGAGAGAGCAGAGAUCAUGCUACUCUCAGCGACCUCUACAACAACAACGUCAUCUUCCGCCUGGCACACGUCGGAGAGGAUGUCAUCAGACUUUUCAAAAAGAGCAAAGACAUCGGGGUGCAGAUGCACGAGGAGUUGGUAAAAGUCACGAAUGAGCUCUACACUGUGAUGAAGACCUAUCACAUGUACCACGCCGAGAGCGUCAGCGCCGAGAGCAAGCUGAAGGAGGCGGAGAAACAGGAAGAGAAGCAGAUUGGAAAGGCCAAUGAGGUCAGCACCAGCCUCAUGCGCCACGACGACCGCCCACAGCGACGCAGCUCUGUCAAGAAGAUGGAGAAGAUGAAGGAGAAGAGACAAGCCAAAUACUCUGAAAACAAGCUGAAGUGCACUAAAGCCCGGAACGACUAUUUGUUGAACCUGGCCGCGACCAAUGCUCUGGUGGCCAAAUAUUACAUCCACGAUGUCUCUGACAUGAUAGAUUGCUGUGACAUGGGCUACCAUGCCAGCCUGGCGCGGACCCUGAGGACCUACCUGUCUGCAGAGUACAGCCUGGAGACGUCCCGCCACGAGGGGCUGGACCAGCUGGAGGGGGCCGUGGAUGCCAUGGAUGUCAGAGGGGACAAACACAGGGUCAUGGACAUGCACAGUCAGAUCUUCUGCCCGCCCACACGCUUCGACUACCAGCCACACAUGGGCGACGAGGUGUGUCAGGUGAGUGCCCAGCAGCCGGUGCAGACGGAGCUCCUGAUGCGUCACCACCAGCUCCAGUCCCGCCUGGGCACACUGAAGAUAGAGAACGAGGAGGUAAGAAAGACCCUGGAUGCCACCAUGCAGACGCUGCAGGACAUGCUGACGGUUGAGGACUUUGAUGUGUCUGAGGCUUUCCAGCACAGCCAGUCCACUGAGUCGGUCAAGUCUGCCUCGUCCGACUCCUACAUGAGCAAGGUCAACGUUGCUAAGAGACGAGCCAACCAGCAGGAGACGGAGGGCUUCUACUUCACUAAAUUUAAAGAGUACCUGAAUGGAAGCAACCUCAUAGUUAAACUACAGGCCAAGCAUGAUCUACUGAAGCAGACGCUAGGAGAAGGAGAAAGGGCUGAAUAUGGAACAACAAGGCCCCCCACUCUUCCCCCUAAACCCGGGAGAAUGCGGAAGCCUAGACCUCGCUCCAUUUUUAAUCAUAAACUCUUUAAUGGCAAUAUGGAGGCCUUCAUCAAGGACUCGGGGCAGGCCAUACCAGUGGUGGUUGAGAGCUGUGUUCGCUACAUCAAUCUAUAUGGCCUUCAGCAGCAGGGCAUAUUCAGGAUUCCCGGCUCACAGGUCGAAGUCAACGAUAUAAAAAAUUCAUUUGAGAGAGGUGAGGACCCAUUGGUGGAUGAUCAGAGUGACCAUGACAUAAUGGCGGUGGCAGGGGUUCUGAAGCUGUACUUCAGGGGGUUGGAGACUCCACUGUUCCCCAAAGAACGCUUCCUCGACCUCAUGUCUACCAUCAAAUUAGACUCUGGUGCAGAGAGAGCUCAUCACCUUCAGCAGAUCGUUGUAACUCUUUCUCGCCCCGUCAUCAUCGUCAUGAGAUACCUGUUUGCAUUCCUCAACCACCUAUCCCAAUACAGUGAUGAGAACAUGAUGGAUCCGUAUAACCUGGCGACCUGCUUCGGCCCGACUCUGAUGCCCAUACCUGAUGACCAUGAUCCUGUGGCCUGCCAGACACACGUUAAUGAGGUCAUCAAGACCAUCAUCAUCCACAACGAGGUCAUCUUCCCGAGUCACCGUGAGCUGGACGGACCAGUCUAUGAGAAGUGCAUGGCUGGAGGAGAGGAGUACUGUGACAGUCCCCAUAGUGAGCCAGGUGCCAUUGAUGAAGUGGACAAUGGUACAGGACCUCCCACCAGUGAUGACGAGCUGGAGCAAAUCGAGGCCAUUGCUAAGUUCGACUACGUGGGGCGUACUCCCAGAGAGCUUUCCUUUAAGAAGGGGGCAUCCCUGCUGUUGUACCUGAGAGCCUCUGAUGACUGGUGGGAGGGACGACACAACGGAGUGGAUGGACUCAUCCCACAUCAGUACAUUGUGGUGCAGGACAUGGACGAUGCAUUCUCAGACAGUCUGAGUGGAAAGCCUGAGAGUGAAGCCAGUAGUGGGCCCCACCAGGAGGACAGAGACAGGACCUCAUCCAGGAACCAAGACCAUGACCGCAGCUCCCCCUGCGAACACACACAGCAUACCCCUGAUCACCGCUAUGGAGCUGCUUUGGGAAGGGUGAGGGUUCGUUCAGAUGGUGCUGCUAUCCCUCACCGCAGGAGCACAGCCGACACCCACAGCCCCACCAGAGGUAUGGACAUGCCCCCUAGGGUCAUACCUCGCCCCUGCAGCCCUCACAAGAUAUCCGUCAGCAGGGGCCGCAUGGACAGUCCAGAGAAGCACCAUCUCGGCACGUUUGGCAGCGCUGGAAGUAUCAACCACCCAGACAGGAAGUGCUUCCCCGAUGGCUCCGUCCUUAGACCAUCCACCGGCUCCACCCGCCAUGGUAGCCUUGGUGACCACAAAUCACUGGAGGCUGAGGCCCUGGCAGAGGACAUAGAAAAGACCAUGAACACCGCCCUGCAUGAGCUACGUGAGCUGGAGCGUCAGAACGUGGCCAAGCACGCUCCCGAUGUGGUCCUGGACACCUUGGAGCCCCUGAAGCAGCAGCAACCCUCCUCCUCCGGGUCCAGACCACCCUCUGAGCCUCCCGGGAGCCCCCUCCACACUAACACCAUGGCCAUCCGGGACCCUGACGCUGCCCUACGCCGUAGCAGCUGUUCCUCGUCCUCCGAGACCAUGAGCACCUUCAAACCGACUGCACGGAGGCCCAUUGCCCCCCUGAGGCCACCGCCGAUCAGACCACUCCGGCCUGCCCCCAUCCACCCGGGACAUGGCCAUGGACAGGGGCAGCACAGGUCCAGUAGUUCCAGCUCCUCAGGCAUGGGUAGUCCAGCCUCUAUCACCCCCACAGACAGGGUGUUCCCCAAGGCACCAUCCCCGUCCCCCUCCACUUCCUCUUCGUCCUCAGACAAACAGGGUAACAUGUAGCCUGGCUGAGCAGGCUGCAGCAGUCCCAGACAGAGCCCAGGAACUGUAGUAUGGAACAGACUGAGCAGGCUGCAGCAUAGCCCAAUAUAGGACACUGUGCAUCCACGCAUGUCUGUCCUAGAAGGCUAAAAUGCGGAGCCUGGAAAAUAACUGGCUAAAUGUUUUAGGGGGGUUUCUGAAAAUCCUGCUACCGAAGGCAUAUCUAUAUUCUGUAACUCCUUGUUCGUCCAUACUGAUAGUAUCAUGUGUGGAUAUCUGUAAAAAAAAAAAAAAAAAAAAAUUAAAAA